AUGACUUCCCACGAAAUGAACCAGGCCGAUUACAAGGUCGUCUCCGAAUUACCCGGGAAUGACAGUUGUGUUGAUUGCGGAGCGAAACAUCCAGAAUGGGGUUCCAUAUCCUUUGGCAUCCUCUUUUGUGCUUCCUGCAGUGGAGGUCAUCGUGGCCUUGGAACUCACAUUUCCAGAGUCAGAUCCAUCAAAAUGGACUCGUGGACCGACGCUCAAGUGGAACGGAUGAAACGAGGAGGCAACCAUCAAUGCCAGGAAUUUCUCAAGAGCCACGCAAUGGACUUUGACAGGAAAUCCAUUCGCGAUCGCUACGAUUCUCCGGCCGCCGACUUGUACAAAUCCGUCUUGGAUGCUCGCAUUGCGGGCACACCCGAACCCACCGAGCUGCCGGUCCGUUCCAGGCCCACACCACCCAACAACAGUGCUACGGGAGGAGGAGGAGUCAAGAGGAAAAUGGAAGGAUUUGGGAGCAGUCCCCCUCCGCAACAAAGACAUGACGGGAAAGGGAUGAAAAUUGGAGCGUUGUUGGCCAAGAUUUUUUGUUGCUUUCGUUGCUGUUUUGAGCCCGAACGACAAAUUGAAGGCGGGGUGGUGGGACCUUAG